CAUAAUGGGGACAUCGGUAUAAAUUCGCGCUUCUUGCCGAGUGCUGGCAGUGCGUCUCGGGCCUGAGGCUCUGAGCUUGACGAGACGAGCUCCAGGAUGGGCAAGUGGGCCAAGUACGCGCGCAACUACAAAAAGGAAUGGGAGAAGGAGUCGGACUUCAAAGACUGGCUGUCACCAUCCACUUCAGGCGAUAUGGCCUAUUGCCGAGCAUGCAAGGUGGAAUUGCGGCCCCACGUUCAAGACCUAAAACUGCACUCCACUAGGAUCAAGCAUGCAAACAACAUGAAGCGUUCCGCUGGUCCAGCGGCGGGGCCUCUGGCAUCGUUUGUGGACAGAAGACACAGGGAGCCAUGUUCCGGUUCCUCUGAUGAUCUCAAGGUAGCAGAGCUGCGCCUGGCUGCUCAUUUGGCCGUUCACGGAAGCUUCCGGAUGGCGGACCACUUGACGCCCGUGAUCAGUGGGUGCUUCAGCGAUUCGGUGUUGGCGUCAGCCAUCACCUUGGGGAGAACGAAGUGCGCUGCACUAGAGACAAAGGUACUGGGGCCAACGUUUAGAGAAGAACUUUUCAAGGACAUGACUGCUGCACAAUAUUCAUUGUUUGUGGAUGAGAGCACGGACGUCUCGUGCACGAAGGAGCUAGCCGUCGUGGCGCGUUUUUUUUUCUCGCAGCAAAAAUGAUUUUCUUACAGCCUUUCUCGGCUUGGUGCCAGUGACUGAUGCAUCCGCGGAAGGGUUAUUUUCUGAAUUGAAGGCGCUGUUGGAUGCUUGCAAACUGAACGUCAAAUGUUGUGUGGGUCUCGGGACUGAUGGAGCGAGCGUCAUGUGUGGGCAGCACAACAGCCUUUACACAAAAAUGAAGGCAGAAAAUGCGCAGCUUGUUCUUGUGAAGUGUGUGUGCCAUUCUCUACAGCUUGCCUGUAGUGAGGCAAUAGAUGUACUUCCCACGCACAUUGACUACCUUGUGCGUGAAACCUUCAACUGGUUCGCCCAUUCACCGAAAAGGCAGCGAGAAUAUAGACAAACAUACGCCGCCAUUACCUCGGGCGAUGUCCCGAAUAAGCUCAUAGGCGUUUGUGCCACGAGAUGGCUUAGCAUUGCGCCUGCCUUGCGAUCAGUGUUGAAUCAGUGGGCUGCACUGCGAUCUCACUUUGAUGCGAUGAAAAGUAAGGAACGCUGCUACGCAGCAAGAUUACUCAGCGAAAUGUACGCUGAUGAGCAAAAUUUACUUUUUGUUCAUUUUCUAAGCCCAAUAAUUGAUGAACUCGAGCGAAUGAAUAAGCUCUUUCAGUGCGAGGCCCCGGACCCUGUGAGACUCAAUGAAGAAUUGAUUUCUUUUGUUAAAGCUUUAAUGACAAGA